CACACACACACGCACAUUUCUAGGGCUAGUAAAAACACUGACUGGUUUCUGUCACUCUGAGUUAUUCAUCCACCAGCAUCAUGACUGGAAGAGUUGUUUUUCUGGGACUUCUGCUCAUCUGCGUGGCAGCAGAUGGUGACAAGAACUCUGGACUCCUGAGAAAGCCUUCCUGUUCUGACAUGGAGGAGAUUGUGGCGUGCCCUCUGAACCUCGCUCCAGUGUGUGGCAGUGAUGGAAACACCUACGCCAACGAGUGUACCCUCUGUGCCCAGAGACAAAUAACCAAGACGGACAUUUUGAUUGCCAAAGAGGAGAGCUGCUGACCUGACCGGCAGGGAGAUGAUGUCACCGCUAAGGGGACCAAACAGGAUCUGAUUAUCAGCCAACUUG